AUGUUUAGUUUCAUCCUCUCAUCUUUUCCAUCAACACAUUGAAUUAAAAACCCCUCUCAUAAAUAAAAGAGUGGGAAAAAAUGGAAAGAGCAAUUCCCACCAACCUGAAUCCAAAGUCAUCACCCACCUUUAAAGAUAGAAGUGUAUCUUUUUCUUCUCCUCAUCAUCUCACACCUGAUCAACCAAACAAAUCUGAACCACCCCAUGCUAUGAUGAUGAGGCCUAAUGAUGGACUUAGAACUCUAGACCAUGAUCCUAUUACUUCUGAGCUUAGCACUUUUGGUGCACACAGGUACUUCAACCAAGGGACCAACAAUAAUAAUGACAACACCAUCCAAAAAGCGACCAUCAAUAGCAACAGCAGAGUCUCCCCCCUGCUCAACAUGGACACAGAACACAAACACAAUAAUCAAGUUCAAGAGCAAGGUGACAUCACAAAGUCCACAAGGUCAUUCUCCUAUUCUGCUUCAUCAUCAGUUGGUGGUAAGAAUGGUAACCACAACAUGAUCAACAACAACAACAACUACAAAGCUCAUUCAUUUCAUGUUGCAACUCCAACACCACCACCACCUUCUUCUUCUUCUUCCAAAUCCACUUUAAGCAACAAAGCUGGUUUGUUAUUUCAACACCCUGAAAGAAGUAAAAUAUCAGUUAAAGCUCCUCAAACCUCCUCCAAUCUCACAGAGAAACUCAAAACUUCCUUGUCAAAACCCAUUUGGCUUUUAAGAAGAAAAUGCCCUUGCAAUGAUAAAAAGUCAGUGCAAGUCAAAGGAAACACAAACACAAAUACAAACAAAAACAAAACCAAAAACUCCCCAAAAGCCAAAACUCCACCCCCACAACCUAAAACCCUUUCACACAACCAAAUCCACAAAGAUUCCUUGAAUUACAAGGCACCACCACCACCAUCAUCAUCAUCCAACAAGGAAGUGAAGGCUCAAAGGUUGUUCCAAUUCCAACCUUCCAUGAAUCAACUUAGAAAACCCUCAAGAGAAGGCUUCAAUUUCCCUUUGUUCUUGGCAACAAACAACUCCACCAACCCCACAAAAUCCCAUCAUCAUCAUCAUCAUCAAGUUCUUCUCAACGUGGUUAAUGAAGAGGACACAAUCCCACGUGAGUCCUUGCACGUGUUCCAACCUCCAAGCCCCCCCAAGUCACGUGCCAUGGAUGAUGAUGCAGCUAGUGAUGCAAGUUCUGAUCUUUUUGAGAUUGAAAGUUUCUCCACUCAAACUACUACUACACUUCCAUACCCCAUUAUUACACCCUCCAUUACCCAGUGCCAUGAAUCCACCGACCACGAGUUCUUCUUCGCCACUGACGCCGGCGGCAGCCUGUGGCGGCGGCGGCUGAGGGAUACGGAGGUGCUGCCACCACUUUGAGGUUAAACAUCAAGUCAACUUAUACAGAACUUACUAGGCUGAAGAGCUUCUUCUUCUUAUGAAAACCUUUUAUGUUUCAAUUCUAUUAUAAUAAGUGUGAAUGUUAAUUUUUCUUCUUUUUGAGCUUGCUAAAGUAAAUUCUUUUUAUUCUGUUUUAAUAAAUUUUGGAGUCAAAUUUGUGGAUAAAUUAUCACUGAAUGAAAGCUUGUUAAAAGUGUUUGAUA